UAUGAACCAGAGUGAGUGCUGCAUAGCAUUUAAGAACUGAGAAUCGAUUUCCUAAUAUUUGCAUUUGCAUCAUUUGAAUAUUUCGCAUCCAGAUAAAGUGAUUAGUUGUGCAUGAUUAAAAGCAGUUACUUACUCGAAAUUCAUUGCGAAAAUGUCUUCAUCCGAGGAGAAAGACAAAGAAGGUUUUUCGCAGGAUGAAACGGAUUCCAGAACCAAGGAUGAACCGAUCGACGAAAUAACAGAAAUGGAAGGUUCCCCCUUACCAACGUUCGGACCUGCAGCCCUUGGCUUACACCCGGUGGGGAUGAAAUUCCCUGCUAAAGCUACACCAACAAAACCGACACAGGUGUUGAAUGCUCGCGGGAUGCCUGCCCGAAUUAGGAAGAAAAACAAGCUGUUCUUCGAUGAUGACCUCCUAGUCAACGACAAAAUUCCUACCAAAGGUAGUCCGAAAAAAGUGAAUCACAGUAUGCCUGCUUCCCCCCAGAAAGGUAUGGUUACGCCGGGAAAAAAUUCAACCCGUUCAGCAAAGAAGAUGAGGACUUCACGAUACGUUAAAAUGAAAGAUAGUUUGAAAAAGCGAAAGGAAGAUCCCGACGAGGAUUGCUCGAUGAGGGUAAUCAACCCAAUCGCGUUGUUGGAUAAAAAAGCAAGUCAGAAGAUUGGCCUCAGACUACGGAAUUUACUGAAGCUGCCUAAGGCGCACAAAUUUGUCAGUUACGAAUGGUUCUACAGCAAUAUUGAUCGGGCGUUGUUUGAAGGGGAAAACGAUUUCCAGGUGUGCCUCAACAGUAUGUACCCAGAUUUGAAAACACGAUUUUUGACAAGGAAUGAAUGGAACAAAAUUCGAAAAACGAUGGGUAAACCGAGAAGAUGUUCGUCUGCUUUCUUUCAAGAGGAGAGGAAAGAGUUGGAACGUAAAAGACAUAAAAUUCGUCUACUGCAAGCCAAGCGCUCGGGAGAUGUUUCUUUCGUGCGUGAUUUACCGAAGGAAAUUCCACAGCCGCUUUCCGUCGGCACAAAGGUGACCGCUAGGCUUCGCGCACCUCAGGAUGGACUGUUCACUGGGACGGUUGAGGCGAUCGAUGUCAUACUGAGCUCAUAUCGGAUCAGCUUUGAUCGGCCCGGUUUGGGAUCACACACUAUUCCCGAUUUUGAGGUUUUUGCCAGCGAUAGCCCGGAGAAAAUUACCCUCAAGUCAAUAACAAAAGAUUUUCGGCCGAAGUAUCAGAAUGCAUCGUUCUACGUGGCCUCGCCUGCAUUGAAAAAUCCAAUAACCGGAAUCAAAGGCGAUCCGUUGCUCGGAGGAGACAGCUACCCCAAGAUACCUGGAAUGUCGGACAGCAAGAUGCUUUUCCCGAAAGACAAUAUCGGUGGGUUUUCGGUUAAGCUGCUGGAAUUGAUUGUUCGAACCAAAAAGACGCUUUCCGCUAAACAGAUGAAGUUAUUACGCCUGCAAAACAUGAAUUCGGAGGCGGAAAUUUACAAAUCCUAUGGCGAUCCAUUCCCAGAAGAAUUUCAAAAGCGUUAUGCGUCGUUAGUUGUAGCGAUAGAGAAACUUAACCGAGAUAUUCACGAGCAGCUCAAUCAAUUGCUGACGAGUUGUAAAAACUUAACCCAGGACCAGUGCGUGAUUGCGAUGAUAGCUCCCAGUUAUCUGAGAGAGCAGUGCCGUGAGCAGGCCGAAGAAACCUUUGACAAAAAUAACAAUGGACAGCUGAUGAAUGACAGCAUUGUUAAGCUGAUUAAAGAUCUUACCACAAUCAUGUACGUAGCGUCUAAUCUGGGGACAAACGAUCAGACCGAGCAUUGUUUGGAGGUACUCAAAGGAUGUAUGGAAGAAACGAAAGGGCGAUUAGAUUUUGACAAUAUAGCAUCGUUCCAGCGAGGAGUUCAUCAACAUAUGAGGCAUAUUAUGGCGGGAUUCACAGCGGCAAACAAACAAAAUAGUGGAGAUGAACUGAAUGAUCAAAGCAGGAAUGCUUCGAAUCAGAUCUAACACGAAUGGGAGAGUGCAUUUACCUAGAUUUCUAAAAUCGAUUGGCGAGAUUGAUCGAGAAUUUUUCCUGAAUUUUGUAUUCCGAAUUAUUGAAUAGUUUUCUCUAUAUAAAAGAUACAUUGAAUUGAAAAACGUAACAGUUAA